UGAAAUCUGUCGGCAGUGAGCGAUCGAGGAAUCAUAUAGUUCCCAAACAGAAGCGGAGGAAAACGCACUCUUCCCUCGGCAAUUAUUUAUUUAUUUUUUUUUCGUUUACUUCGCGCUCCCGGAAAAGUGCAGUGAAGUUUCUUGCUUUCGAAAACCAAUUUUCAAAACCAUUUGGCCAAUUUUUUUUGUUUUUACUGUUCCGAUCAGUGCACAAAAUUCAAAAAAAUCAAAAAAACGAAAAAAAGGAAAAGUGUUUAACGAAGAAAAGCAGAUGCCACAGUGUAAUUGGAUUGUUGGGAUAACUCGCGUGGAAAACUCGCGGAAAAUGAUGUGGCCUGAAAACUGAAAAAAAAAAACAAAAAAUUCAGAGGAUCAUCAAACGAAAUCGAAAGGAAGGCACGACUAGUGGAGAUAGACUGAGAGAAAAACCGAGUGAUUUGGCGAAAAUAUAAUGAUGCCGCCAAGACUGCCGGUAAGACCAGCAGCCAAAACGAAACGAUCGACGACGAGUAGAAUUAGCCAGGAUAUAUUAGCCCAGAUCCACCAGGAGACGGAAACCGAAUCGGAUACCCAAAUGCCAACACACACAACGUUUCAUAAGCGCCGGCGAAGGCGAGAUCCCGGCCAGAACCCAAUUCAUACCCAAAACCCACGAUCGGAGUGGAGGAGUAGGAGAAGCUGGUGCUCCCCGGAAGUUUGUUUGGCUCUCAUCCUGCUCUCCACAGCUUGCUCCGUUUUGGGAGCCAGCACAGAGUCAACAUCCACAACCACAUCCACCAUCUCCACCUCCGCCGAACAAACCGACUUGUCGGACGAGUCGGCGGGCAUCCAGCCAUCCGCGGGUGGUUGUGCCCCCCAGCAUUGGUGGGACUCGAAUCGAAACCGGUGCAUACCCUGCACCCGGUGCCAGGACGAAAUGAUACCACUGCGUCCUUGUCAGCUGCACACGGACACCAUCUGUGGCUCCAUCUAUGACUUAAAGAUCGAUUGGGUGGUGCUGGCCAAGACAGAGCCCAAUUGGAAGGAGCGCCGAAAGUCCUCUGAGUAUGAGCACCUGGAGCAUGCCAAGCACCUGCAGCACCUGACCCACGAGCAACUGCAGCAGCUCCACGAGGAGGCCACUGCCGCCGCCUGGGCGCUCGACUGGCAGACGGGCGUCCUCUAUGCCGCCGUGCUCACCUGCCUGCUCUUCUUCUCCGUCGCCGCCUGCAUCCUCAUCCACCACAUGCGCCAAUGGCGCCGCAUGGAGCGUCGUCUGGAUCAGGAUGUGGAGGAGCUGUCAACGAAACUGAUGGCAAAGCUGGCGGAGGUGCAGAGCCUGGACGGAGGCACCUUCUUCAUUGGGAAUGCGGACGCCUUGCGGGGAUUGCCCGCCUCGGCCAUCCAGGUCGGGCAUCCAGAUUCCGGGCAGGCGGCGCAGUCGGGAAUCUUCCAGCCACAACACGUGCUACUCCCUGAGAAAAGGGGAAAGCACCAGGAGCGAAGGAUCCUUAAGACCCUGCAGCCGGGCAAUGUCUACAUAGAGGAGAGCAAUGGGGGUCUAGGAAUGGGAAUGGGUGGGGGUUUUGGAGGGGGCAUGGGCAUGGGCAUGGGCCCCAAGGGCUAACGGGGGGUAAUACUUAAGGAGUGCCAGGAUAUCGGAAAAACUUUUGUACAAACAGCCGCUUAAAACAAAAAAGAAGAAAUUAAAACGAAAGAAAUGGAAGCCGAAACUAUUAUUAUUAUUUAAAUAUUAUUAAUCUUAUUCUAAUAUUACGAACCUUUUUUUUUUGUCCUAAUAUAUAAUAUGAAUCGUUAUGUUGACUUGUUUGUAAUAAUGGAGAUAUCACCAAACCCAAUCCCCCACGCUAAAAAAAAUGAAAAAAAUCAAAAGGAGACCGUAGAAGAUUUUGUAAAUAGAAGGGAUUUUGUAGACGAGCGAGAGGAUUACGGGGCUAUAUACAUAAAUAUGGAUUACAACUUUUACGAUUAACAAUUCUACUUAAUGUAAAUAUUAAGGCGAUCGAAACGAGAACAAGACCAAGUAAUAUCAACAACAUAUCAGCCUCUAUAUAGACACCAAUCAUAUAUAGAGUCAAGUAUUGUUAACACUUUAUCCCUCAAGUAUACACAACUUUUGGGCUAAAUCGUAUUAACUGUAAUAGUAAUGGUAAAGCUUAUGAUAGAACUAAUUAUAACGAUAAUAACGAUAAAUAAUGCAUAACUUGUAAUGUUAGAAUGAGAAAUGUUUAUAACCUAAGUGCUCUAUCAUCACUCUGUGCGACAAAACAAUAAAAAGUUUUAUGCAUAUGCGAAA